CCCUGCCCCGCUCUCCGUGGUGGCUUGUCCCCCCAGCCCACAGAGAACCAACCCGUGUUCAUGUUUCCGGCAGUUUCCCUCCGUUCUUCGACGACAACCCGUUUGGCAUCUACCAGAAGAUUCUCGCCGGCAAAAUCGACUUCCCCCGAUACUUGGAUUUCAACGUCAAAGACCUCAUUAAGAAGCUGCUGGUGGUGGACAGGACGCGGCGCCUGGGCAACAUGAAGAACGGAGCCGAAGACGUGAAGAGGCAUCGCUGGUUCCGCCUGGUGGACUGGGAGGCCGUCCCCCAGAGGAAACUCAAG